GAGAGAGGUGGAGAGAGAGAACAAGCGAAUGAGAGAAGAGGCUCGCGAGCAGCGCCGCGCACUGUUCUGCUGGAUUGUACUUGAACGGGAGUUUGCGGUUUGGCAGGUUUAUAUACAUCAAAACAGAACAAAGAGAGAGACUCCACAGUGCUCCAAAAGAAGAGAGAGAAAAGAAUAAAGCGAGGGACAAAUCUCUGCGCCUGAAUUACAAAAGAAGCGAGGACGCUCCGCUCAUGGUUUCCACAUCCAGAGGGGACAUACACCGGGACUGUGGACACUGUGGACACUGUGGACAAUCUGCUGCUUUUUCUGUUUGUUUCCUGCCACCACCAAAAGUUUGUUUGGGACGACGCGUGUUGUUGUUUUGUUCUUGUACAUUUGAAUUUUAAUGUCCACAAUUUCAUCCAGUGCAAAACUUUGUGAGCGGGACUGCACAUGGUUUCAAAGGGCUUUUUGAAAAACCUGGAUUUUUAUCUCCGGUGUUCACGCACAGCACUUUGAAGUAGAAUGUUGUAAAUACACGCGGAUUUUAUUCGGUUUGCUGACACCGUUUUCCAAGCUUUUUUUUUUUUUUUUUGUUUUUACGCACGUCGAUGGUAUUUGCCAAAACCUACCCAUACUUUUAAAGUUUGAAUAAUUCAUGAGAUACAAUUUGCCUGCUCGAAAGAAGUGACUGUAAAAAGGGAGGGGGGUUAUCCACAAACAUAUUCAUAAGGGCUGACGGAAUGGCCACCGCGGCUUCCAAUCCUUAUCUGCCCAGCAAUAGCAUCUUAUCGUCCGGCUCCAUCGUGCACUCUGACUCCGGAGGUGGUGGCAUGCAGCCGGGCAGUGCUGCGGUUACCUCGGGGUCUGGGGGCUACAGGGGAGACCCCUCAGUCAAGAUGGUACAGAGUGACUUUAUGCAAGGCGCAAUGGCAGCGAGCAACGGGGGACACAUGCUGAGCCAUGCCCAUCAGUGGGUGACAUCCCUCCCGCACGCCGCAGCGGCCGCAGCAGCAGCCGCAGUCGCUGCAGCUGAAGCCGGAUCGCCCUGGUCGUCGAGUCCCGUCGGGAUGACGGGCAGCCCGCAGCAGCAGGACGUGAAAAACUCCGGCAGAGACGAUCUGCACACGGGCACCGCUCUGCACCACAGGCCCCCUCAUUUAGCUCCCCACCAGACUCACGCCGGGGCUUGGGGGAGCACGACUGCCGCUCACAUUAACUCCAUAUCCGGGGGACAGCAGCAGCAGCAGUCGCUGAUCUACUCCCAACCCGGUGGGUUCACUGUGAACGGGAUGCUGAGUCCGGGGAGCCAGAGCCUGGUGCACCCGGGCUUAGUGAGAGGGGACACCCCGGAUCUGGACCACGGCAGCCACCAUCACCACCAUCACCACCAGCAUCCGCAUCACCAGCACCACGGCGGCGUCAACAGCCACGACCCGCACUCGGACGACGACACGCCGACCUCGGACGACCUGGAACAGUUCGCCAAGCAGUUCAAGCAGCGGAGGAUCAAACUGGGCUUUACGCAGGCGGACGUCGGCUUGGCUUUGGGCACCCUGUACGGGAACGUUUUCUCUCAGACAACCAUUUGCAGAUUCGAGGCUCUGCAGCUCAGCUUCAAAAACAUGUGCAAGCUCAAGCCUUUGUUAAACAAGUGGCUUGAGGAGGCCGACUCGACCACCGGCAGCCCCACCAGCAUCGACAAGAUCGCGGCGCAGGGGAGGAAACGAAAGAAGCGCACAUCCAUCGAAGUGAGCGUUAAGGGGGCUUUGGAGAGCCACUUCCUAAAAUGCCCCAAACCUUCGGCCCAGGAGAUCACCAGCCUGGCGGACAACUUGCAGCUGGAGAAAGAGGUGGUUAGAGUGUGGUUUUGCAAUAGGAGACAGAAGGAAAAACGGAUGACGCCCCCAGGAGUGGCACAGACGCCGGAGGAUGUGUACUCUCAGGUCGGCAAUGGGCAUUUUUUAGUAGAUUACUUAAAAGAUGCAAGUGAAGCGAGCGACCAGAGGGUGACAACCACAAGUUCAUUCCACCAGGUAAUUUUGGCGCAUUAAAACACACCGAGAGGAAAGCAACUGUUUUUUAUAUCUAUUUUUCUCUUCCCCUCCCUCCAAAAAAACAACCAAUAUUCCCGGUUUUAUCCUGUGUUUGCUUGAAGAAACAAAGCAGGGGGCAUUUUGUAUAUUUAGAAAUGGGACUGAACGCCUCCCCCACCUCCACCUCCACCUCCACCUCCACCUCCCUCUCCAAGCCUAACAAUAACAGAGAGGAAAAACUGCAACAAUAUGAAUAAGAGUGACAUCCACGAAGCUUCCAUCGUGAUUUUUUCCUGAGGUGGACUGCAUGGUUUCAUUCACACACACUCUCACACACACACACACACAUACACACGCCGAGGAUUAGAGGUUUUUUCGUUUUUGUCACGCUGAGGCCCAGAAAGAAAACCAGGACCAGGACUUGUCCCUCCUUUCCUUCCCUUCUUCUUCUUCUCGAUCUCAAAGAUCUUUUUUGGCCUUUUUUAAAAAUCCUUUAUUAUUUAAUGGACUUUGGCACCGUGAGUGGAUUUUUCUCCCGUUUUUUCAACAAAUAGAGCAAAAGACAUUUGAAAAAAGACUUCGACUGCACUUAUUUGAGAAAAGAAAUCUGUUGCCAAGUGUGACUGAGUGGGUGCUGUGGAAAUAUUAAUGCUGCCCUUUCUAAGCAGUGUUCUUUGGUAGGUUUUAAUAAACAAAACUCUGUAAAGCCGGCAAUAUAGAUCACUAGAUCAGAAACUGAUCUGACUUAUUUACUUUAUAUUUUUCAUCAGAAUUACUUGUUUUAAUAUUUUAUUCGGAAUACAUAUGAAUUAUUCCAGACGGUAAUUUAUUUUUCCCCUCCUCCAGGAACUUGUGUAAGAUGCUUUCCCCUUUUUCUUGUUUUUAUUUCAAUAUUUUUCUUCUAUAUUUUGUUUGUUGUUGUUGCCCUUAUUUGUUUCAUUUUGUAUUCUCGUUUCUAAGAAAAAAAACAGGAGCACAAAUCAUCAUAAGCUGACCGUUGUUAGGUAAUAAGGGUAUAUUUUGAUGUGAUCAUUUGAUUGUAAUUUAAUUUCAGUAGUGGUUCCGUACGAGCUGAUUGAGACACAAUAAAUUUGUUAGAAUGAAAUGCACUCAUGUUGUGUUCUGAAAUUUAUAUAUUUCUAUUUGUGUGUGUGUGUGCAUGCACAGCAGCAGCUAAUGAAGAAAAUGGUGGACUGUUGUGUCCCAGAUGAAGAAGCUGCGAGCUAAAAAUAACAGACAGCCUGAGAGUGAGGCGGAACAAAGGAGACAUGAAACCACACAAACUCAAAUAAAGCGGAUUUCUUUAGUCACUAAAUGAAUUUUGAAUCUCCUCCCAGGUGAAGCCUGUUUGUUGACGUGCUGCCUCUCGAGGCCUCUCACCUCCAGCAGGAAAAUCAUUGUGUCCAGAAAUGAGAGCAGAAAGUCAGAGCACGCUUUGCAUGUUAUGUAAUAUUUACGUUGCACGCUGCGUGUUUCACGUCUCCAAGCGGCUCCAGGUGAGCUCUCCAGGUGGAGGCUGACGUGUGGUGUUAGGAUGCGGGGCACUGGGUCAGGGAGCGUAUUGAUCGUGUCUGUCCGGAGCUGCAGCCCCGCAGGCUGAGCUGCUGUCUGCGGGUUAAUGUUGUUGUUGUUGUUUCAGGAGUUUUGCGGGGCAGGUGCGGGAGGCGCAGCCUUCCUGAAGGGGAGCGCUUGUUUUCUCCUCUGCCAUGAACGCGUCAGCUGGGUUUCUGUCUCCCUGAGCUUCAAACUUUUUUCUGGAGUUGUCUAUUCAGCAGAACUCAACAAAACGUGUCCUCUCGCUGCAGGAUUUGAAUUUCGCGGAUGAGUUCCCAUACUAGUUGCUUAGCAACUGAAUUGAAUGAUAUAGGCAAAUUUUUUUUUUCUUUGUCUCCGCGAGUCAAAGUGUCACACAGGGACGCAGCACGUGCAGCGAAACUUUGGAUUUUGUGUCGUGUUUUACGCGCGUGUUGCGUCAUUAUGAGGCACAACGUCACACCACAUAUGUGGCGCGUGCUGUCAGAACACUAAAAUAAUUCAUUCAUUAAAAAACAAUUAAAGGCCUCAUAUCGCCUACCUGUGCACGUGCUCGUUACGCACGCACUUCCUGAGCUCUGAAAGUCACAUGACGCCUUAGACACAGAGAGGAAACAUCCCGCACGUCAGGCCUGUGCGGGAUGUGCGGGAUGUGCGGGAAUAAGCAAAAAA